CAGAAAACACCGCCUCACUUGUCACGAGAUUAUAAUAGCUACUCCUCUUUUAACUCUACUUUGAGUAGACAGAAGGCGUCUCAUCCAACAGCACAUCAGUCCCAUCAAGCAAGAGGAUCCAGUGAUCAGCGAUGAAUGACACUUUCAACUUCAGCCAAUAUGACACGGACAUCGUCAAUGAAAUCUGUGAAAAGGACGAAGUGGUCAAGUUUGUAUCCAUCGCCAUUCCUGCGUUCUUCUCUGUUGUGAUCACACUGAGCCUCACGGGAAACGUCCUCGUCCUUGUAAUCUUGGCUUUGUACGAAAACCUCAAGUCUCUCACCAACAUUUUCAUCCUAAACUUGGCCAUUUCUGACCUCAUCUUCACCACCGGUCUCCCCUUCUGGGCAAUUUACCACAUCUGGGGAUGGGUGUUCUCAGACGCCCUCUGCAAAAUUGUGUCCUUUGUCUUCUUCACUGGGUUUUACAGCAGCAUCCUCUUCCUGACCAUCAUGACCAUCUACAGGUACUUGGCCGUGGUCCACCCUCUGUCUGGUCUGAGAACGCUGAGACUCAGCACCGGGGUUUACGUGUCUUUCGUACUGUGGAUAAUCAGCAUUGCAGCUGCCGUGCCCUCCCUGCUCCACAGCACGCUCAUCCCGAUCCCCGAAAAAGAUGGACACUCCAUGGGCUGCGAAUUCCAAGAUACCACGUGGAAAAGCAUCGGUGUCAUACAACAGAAUAUUUUCUUCUUGAUCGCUUUUACGGCGAUGGCGUUCUGCUACAUUAAAAUAGUGCGGAGAAUCACAAGAACGAGAUCGCACACAAAGAACAGAGCUGUGAAGUUGGUGUUCUGCAUCGUGACGGUGUUCUUCCUCGGCUGGGUGCCGUACAAUGUCGUCAUCUCCCUGAGGAUUCUGGCUGAUAAUUUGGGUCCACCAUUUGAUGACUGUGAAGUAAGCAUCCAGAUUGACUAUGCGUUCUUUGUGUGCCGGCUCAUUGCGUUCUCCCACUGCUGCCUGAACCCUGUCUUUUAUGCAUUUGUUGGUGUGACGUUCAGGAGGCAUUUGAAGACAUUGCUGCAUCGAAUGUUCAUUCGCCGAAGUCCAGUCGAAGAACAGCAGGUUCAAAUGCAAAACGUCUCACGUGGAUCAAUGUACUAGUUGCUAAGUAUAUUAUUUCCUUGCAUUUGCUGAAAUACUGAUUUAAAAAAUGACUAACUCCAGUGUGCACUUGGUCAAAUCCAUUGUAUAGGAAUAUAGGAACUAGUUCAUAUGUUGAAGUUUGUAGCAAGCGGCACUGAAAUUCAAAUCUGACCUGUUUAUUAGUGUGUGUGUGUGUGUGUGUGUGUCACUCAUUAGUGAAAUUAUGAUUUAUUAUGUAAAUUUAACAGCUAAAUCUUGGUUUUCCAUAUACUAUAUGUUAAAUAUGUAAGAGUUGUAAUGCUAGUAAAUAUGCUUGUAUAUUAACAUUUUCUGGCCAAAUUUGAAUUUAUUAAGUUGUCAAUGUUCAGGUGGUUUUCAGGUAGAUUAGUGUAGAAAUAACUCGAUGGAUAAUAAUGUCAAACAUCACAUACAUAUAUUUAACCUUUAAUGAUCCCAAAGAGUAAAAAGCAAUGUAGAAAUAUUUGCAUUUCUUAAUCCCUGCGUGUAAUAAAAAAACACAAUUACUGAAAAGUGUGUGUUCAGCAAUCUGCAUAGAAUUAUAUAUAAUAAGGAUGAAUAAAAGAUAAACUUUCAUUUUCAUUAGUCACCUAUUUCUACA